AUCUAAGCCAAUAAGGAGCUUAGGCUAGGCAACAAACUUCUGUGUAAACACUCUUAAAAUUUCAUUUAAUCAACUUUGUUUUGACGUAUGUCAUGGUGUUUGAAUUUGAAUUUAAGUUACCUGUAUAGUUGAAAGCUGAAUCAACCUCUAGUUCUUAAUUUAUUUUAAAACUCUGAUUAUUCCUGACCUAUUGACGUUACUAUUGAUUUGUGCUUUCAUCUAUGCUUUUGUUGAAAUAGUGUACAGAUUAAUUUAAAUUACAAGAUGGCGGCGGAAGAUUGGAAAACACCAACUUUCCGAUCACGAAUUCGAAUGAGUUUAGAAGAACAAAUUGGUCCUGCUCAUGGUAAAAGCGUUACAGAGUUGGAGAAUAGCAUCUUUGGUACCUCAAAGAGUCGAGAAGAAUACAUCGAAAACGCUCUCAGAGUUAUCCGUGCUCUUAAAGAAAAAAAUAAAAAGGCACUUGGACAACCCCAGAUUGUGCAAGCUAAUAUGAUUCCUUCGGAUAUGAAUCCAAAUGUUCCUAAGGCAGCAACAGAUCCCAUGAGUGCGUUGCAAAAUCUUGCUACCUUGCAAACUCUUGAUAAUCAAACUACUAUGAAUAAACCAAUACCAGUGUCUAAUGCUAUGCAGGAUCCAAAUAUGAUGGGGAUCACAGUAACGUCAACUAAUAUCAAUGUCCCCAUUUCAGGAGGACAUGGAGGCCAACCAGUAAAUCAAAUACAAAUGACAACGCAACCAAUGCAACAAAUGCAACAGAUACAAAUGCAGCAAAUAAAUAAUAACCAUGGUAUUCAGAUACAAGCUAUGGGUCCUGGUCAAGUACCGCCUCCGCAAAUGGCACAAAUCUCAAACGUAGGUGCUGGUCAAGUUCAAAUGACAGCUGUAUCAACUGGUGGACCUCAAAUGAUGCCACAACAGCGCAUUAGUAUUCCUCAGAAUAGGAUGGUUAUUAAUCAAAUGAUGGUUCAACAAGGACAACCAGUUCAAAUGUCUGGUCAACCUCAUCCUGGUGGAAGUAGAGGUCAAAUGAUGCAACAGAUUCAAAUACAACGAACAAUGAGACAGGCUACUCCUAAUAUGACUAUUCAGGCACAAAUGCAACCAGCUACCGAAACUACAUUUUACCAAACUCAAAUGGUUCAACAUAGACCACAACAGGCUCAACAAAUUCAGCUUCAGCAACAGCAACAACCACCAACCCAACAAUCUUUACCCCCUCCACCGCCUCCUCAACAGUCACAACAGCCCUUACCACCACAGAUGCAGCAGCAGCCUCAACCACAGCAGCAACAACAACAGCAACAUUUCCAACAGGGUCCACAGAUGCAACAAGGGCAUCUCAUCAUAAACCAAGGUGGACCUCAACAAAUCAAUCAAAUGCAUCCACACUCGCAUAAUCAAUCUAAUCAAAUGAAUCAGAUGAAUGUUACCAUGUCACCUGCUGCUCAAUUCGUCCCUAGUCCAUCACAAAAUAUAAUGCCUUCCCCAAUGUCAGUUGGAAUGAUGCAAUCAAGGGGAGGUCCAGGUUCUAUACCAUCAGUGCCAUCGCCAGGUCCAUUAAACACUCCACAAAUGGCUUCACAAGUUAGUCCAGCUCAACGCCAAAUGACAGAUGAUCAAGCUUAUCAAGAAAAAUUGAAACAACUAUCGCGUUAUAUUGAGCCGCUUCGAGCAAGAUUGGAACGAGAAGAAUCUGGUUCUGACAAAAAGAAAGAAUAUAGUAAACUAAGAAACCUUUUUAAUAUCAUAUCAGAUAGUUCAGUACGCGUCCCAAUGGAGUUAUUACUAAAAUGUGAGAUUAUAUUAGAAAAGAUGGAGUUUGCUAAUCAAACACAAAUGGCCAUUAAUCAACACCAACAAACACACAUGAACCAACAGAAUUUGUCAAAAAUGCCAGAUCAAAAUAUUGGACAACCAUUGAUGGAUGCUCUUAUAAACAAUAUUAAAAAGCCUUUUUUCAAUCAUACCCUUCAUCGAACAUUCUCUAGAGCUGUAUGUUCUCUUUCAAACGGAACUCAAUGUUGCUGUUUCUUUCAAAAAAUAUUGACAUUUUUUGAUAUUAUUUUUUGUAGGAAUUCAAAUCCAAUCCCUCGUAAAAAGCCUCUUACCAGUCCGACGGAGAUUCCCGAAGUAAUUCAAGGAGAAGUUGCUCGAUUAGAUCCGAAAUUCAAAGUCCAGCUUCACCCUCUUCACCAACCUGGAUCACAAACUAUACAUUUGAUUUGUCGUCUAGAUGAUCAAGAUUUACCAUGUGUUCCGCCUAUUUCAUUAGAAGUACCUGACGAUUAUCCAAACGAACCUCCUCAGUGUUUUAUUGAUUCUGAAGAGUACAGUGCAUCACCAAUUCUGAUGAAUAUUAGGAGGAUGUUUACUGAUCAUAUUGGUAAUCUGCCCAAUAUUUACUCAAUCAUGACUUUAUUGAAUCGAUGGGAAAUGAGCGUGCGACAAGCAUGUAACAAUCCACCUAUAGUGGCAGCUUGAUUCAAACAAUCAAAGUUUCAAGUAUCAAUACUUUCUGUUGGUUUCCUGGUUUAAAGACUGCAUCAUGAAUAAAAUGUUAUAUACAUGUAUAUUGCACUUAUUAGCUUGGUCUGGAUACAAAAUUAACCAAUUUUUAAAUAAGUACUGAUCAGGCGAAAAUAUAACAAUUUUUUGCAAUUUUUUAAGACUUUAUAUUCAUUCGAAUGCAUCGAUGGAUGAUGAAACUAUUUUGAUGAAUUACAAUAUUUAUGUAUGGAAAUUCAAAAUUAUUCAAAAGUACAAGAUUCCAGAUCAUUGAAUAAUCGAAUUUCACUGAAGACAAUGAUUGAAAUUGUAUAAAAUGCGUAUUUACUGACAAUAACUUAAAUGGCGUCUAGAAACAUUAUUUGUAAGCUUUUCCUUUUGUAAAAAGCUUUUAAAUUUGACUCAUAAA